UAAGCAUACCGACGAGGUCUAGAAUUAAGCUAUCCUUACUGGUAGUGCCCUCAAUUUAUCUUUCUGACGUCUCCUAGGCUUGAUGUCAUAUGAUGCUACAUACUAUUGCAAAUAUCUGACCUAGGAAUCCGAUCUACUUGCGUUUGCCUCCCGUCGCGUCUGGCGCGGCCUACCCCCCGUUCGACCCCCACACGUGACGGACUCAUUUACUUCCGUUCUAAUUGCGUCGCAUAUUUACCUCGAUCCAUGCAGCAAACUAAAGCACAAUGGCCCGAAAGUACGCGCUAUCAGAGUCCGAAUCGGAGCCCGAAUCAGCAACCAGCCGGUCAGCUGUUCCUUCCGAUGACGCGCUAGAGCAAGCUUUACGUGACACCGUCGCCAAUAUCUACAAAUUGGGCAAGUUGGAGGAAUUGACGGUCAAGCGCGUGCGACUCGCUGCAGAGAAGUCGCUCCAGCUGGACGAGGGCUUUUUCAAGACACAGGGUGACUGGAAAGCUAGAAGUGAAGAAGUCAUUCGCAAUCAAGUGGAGAGUGAAGAAAAAGCCGCCGUGGAGUCGGCCCCAACAGACGAUGAAAGUCAAUCAGACCAUGAAUUAUCUUCGGAGGACGCGAAACCCGCUAAACGGAUCAAAACGAGUACUACCGCCGCAUCACGCAAGCGACAAAAGACUAGCCCCUCGAGUGCCAACCAGGAUAGAAUCUCAGAGUCAGUGGACGAGGAUGAUGAGGACGGAGUAAAGCCUUCCGCGAAAAGACAGACCAAGGCCACAAACAAGACACAGAUCAAAACCAGCGAAGAGCCCGCUUCCGACACCGACGCCGUCAAUGGAAAAGACGACAAGUCAGAGGAUAAAGUCGAGUCUGAGAGUGAAAUGUCGGUGGUUAUUGAUGAAGAGCCGAAACCCAUUCGCAAGCGACAGAAGAGCGCCGAGACAACCUCGCGAAAAGGAAAGAAAUCGGCACCGGCCAAGGGAGCCAAGGGGAAAGAUGCAGAUCAAGACCCCAACCAAGCGGAGAUCAAGCGACUGCAGGGAUGGUUGGUCAAAUGCGGGAUUCGCAAAAUGUGGGCGAGGGAGCUGGCUCCUUUCGAUACUCCCAAAGCCAAGAUCAAGCACCUUAAGGACAUGUUGAAGGAGGCCGGCAUGGAAGGGCGUUAUUCCGUGGAGAAGGCCAAUCGCAUCCGCGAGGAGCGUGAACUCAAGGCUGACCUUGAAUUGGUGCAGGAAGGGGCCAAGCGAUGGGGAAAGGAAGCUGGCAGCGAGGACAGUGAAGAUGGCCGGCCUAAACGGAAACUGAACCGAGGGCGUCGAGGCUUAGCCUUCCUGGAGGAUGAGGAUGGCGAAGAGACAGACUGAGGGGGCUGCAUGGAUGCUGCUGGCUUGUGCAAGGUCUUCCCGGGGCAGGCUCUGGAUGUCCGAGUUGUUCAAUAGUAUAAGAUAUCUGAGAUACCACUAGCAUUCCCUCUGCCUUCAUUUUCCUGACUUCGUUCCGCCCAUGCGU